ACUGUUCUACUGUGAAUUUUUGUGUUUGCACUACUAUUGAGAGUUGUCUUGAGAAACAUAGUAGGAGUGUGUAACCAGCGCUUGUUCACAGCUUUAGUAUCACAACUUCCUGUUAAAGUGUUUCGACUCAGAUCUGGAGAAGCUCAGCUGCAGACAAGAUAGGUGACUGAAGCUGACCCCAUUUGAUUGACAUGUCGAACCCAGUCAUCACCCACCAGCCAGGAGCAGGCUCUUAUGGGACAAAUGUGCAGACUGGCGAGUGGAGCACUGGGCUGUGCUCCUGCUGCAGUGACAUCCUAGUCUGUGCCUUGGGCUUCAUCUGCCCACUAGCAUUGAGUUGCUACACAGCUAACAAAUAUGGUGAGAACGCAUGCCUGGCCUGUGUUCCAGGAGGCAUGACAGCCAUGAGGACACACAUGAGAUUGACCUAUGGGAUUCAGGGGACGAUAUGCAACGAUGCAUUGAUGACCUGUUGCUGUGGAUUCUUUGAGAUGUGCAGGAUGGCCCGUGAAAUUCGCAUCAGGAAUGGCGACGUUUGACAGUCAAUUGAAGACAUUUUCAAGUGGAAGUUAAAUUAACCUCAUGUCACAUAUUGUUGAUACAAAUCGUCAUUGUUAUACUAUGUACAUUUUAACUUUUGUAUUGAUUAAAUUUGACCCCCUACUCUCAAACAGUACUGCGCAAAGAAUUCAUAGCACCAUGUAUGAACCUAAGAUGUACAAUAAAGUUCCGUUUUUUCUUGUU